AUGGGUUGCAUUGUUUCAAAAUUAAAAAGAGAAUCUAAAACUAUGAGUUCUCAAGCUACACAGAGUGAAUUUCAAUACCGUGAUGGCAGAAGAUUUCAUAAUACAGAAGGUGCCAUAUAUCCUAUGCCUAAUGAUGAAGACGAACAAGAUAGAUUACAUCUUCAACAUUUCUUGAUGAGAUAUCUUUGGCAAAGCAAUUUCUCUGCCCCCAUCAAUCAUAUUUUAGAUCAACAAGUCGUAGCUGUGUCACAUGACACAAUUCCGAGUAGAGGGAAUGCUAUAGGUACAACGGGUGCUUAUAUGCGCAAUGAUGACCAGAACCAGUGUUAG